ACCAAAAGGUCCUUUUACUUCCUGAGGCCCGAGCGGUUACGUCAGGUGGAGGCGACUUGUCCGGGAGUCUAUGGGAAGCGGAUGAGGAGCUGAGAACCGCCAUCAUGUCAGAGUCCGAAAUCCUUCGCUUCCGCUUCGAGCAGCAGGGAGAUGUGGUUUUACAGAAGAUGAAUAUCCUCCGAGAGCAAAAUCUGUUUUGCGAUGUGUCUGUAUAUAUCAACGACGCAGAGUUCCACGGACAUAAGGUUGUGUUUGCCGCUUGCUCCACGUUCAUGAGGGAUCAGUUCCUGCUGAAUCAGUCCAGACAGGUGCAUAUCGCUAUAUUGCAGAAUGCAGAAGUGGGACAAAAAUUGCUCCUUUCCUGUUACACCGGCGUCCUGGAGGUCAGAAAGAAAGAGCUUUUAAAGUAUCUUACAGCAGCCAGCUACUUGCAAAUGGUUCACAUUGUUGAGAGGUGUACGGAAGCUCUGUCCCGCUACCUGCAGAGUGAGACGUGCGACAAUGACGAAACUCUGCAUCCAAGUAAAAGUCCUCUCUGUCCUACUGAUAUGGACGCUGAGAAGGGUCAGGAUAAGGACUGUGAGAUCAUUGAACUGUCAGAAGACAGCCAGCUGAAUCUGGAUUACCAGGUUAAGAAGGAAGGAAGUAGUCAAGCGGAGCUGCACAGCUUAGAUAGUGAAAAGAACGAUCUGUCCUCUGUACAGAUUGACUACAAAGACAAUGAUAUCUGUGUAUUCAGGAUGGGGUCUAUGUCUGACAAUGAGAACCAGGUGGACAGUGAGCAGUUCUCUCAGCCCUGCACUUCUUCUAAGACAAAUAUGUACUUCUCGGACACGCAGCACUCCAUGAUCAACUCCACCGUGGAAAACCGUAUGAGUGAUUUACCCCCCAGUCACUUCCAGAACUUUCAGGAUGGAGGGAAUCCUUCUUCUGGCAUCCUUCAUGGUCUUCAUAGCCCUGCAGAGGGAGUCUGCUCCUGGCGGCAUCAGUGUCCCAAGUGUCCUCGCGGGUUUCUACAUUUGGAGAACUAUCUGCGCCACUUAAAAAUGCAUAAACUUUUCCUGUGCUUGCAGUGUGGAAAAACGUUCACCCAGAAGAAGAACCUGAACAGACACAUCCGUGGUCAUAUGGGUAUUAGACCAUUUCAGUGCUCCGUAUGUCUGAAAACUUUUACUGCUAAGACUACCUUACAAGACCAUUUGAACAUCCACAGCGGGGACCGUCCCUACAAGUGUCAUUGCUGCGACAUGGAUUUUAAGCACAAGUCAGCCCUGAAAAAACAUCUUAGCUCAGUACAUGCGAAAGGUGUAGAUAAGCCGAGCCUGGACUCCAUUACAAAAAUCACUAUAGACUAUGAUUAGUCUCUUCUGUAAACUGCAUGAAGUGGGUCUUCUAGAAACAUUGCCUCAAUUGGCUGGAUUUGGAAUUACAGCUCGGCCCUGUUUCAGCUUGGGUUAAACUGCAGUUCCAAAUGCAGCCAAUGGAAAGAGUAAUGAUGUUUCUUGGUGGGGGG